AUGGCCGAGCCUCUACCAGCCGUGCUCAAGAUCCCCGAAGUGAGCCGCUUCAUCAACCGCGCGAACCAGCUCAGGACCGUCAAACCCGCCCUCGCAUACUGGUGUGAAUACCAUGCCGUCAACCAGAUCGUGGGCAAAGGCCUCCACAACUCAGACGAAUCAGCCUUCGAGUUCACAAAGACCUUGAUCGAGCGGCUCGAGACCACAAAGACGGAGCGCGCUGACGAUGAAGCGAUUAUCGAUAAUGCUGCGGGACAAGCCUACGUUGAGCAAUUUGCCCAGCAGACAUUUGAUCGCGCUGAGCGUGCCCUUCGUGCCGAUAAGGUGACGAGACAAACCGCCGACACAUUCGAUGCCGCUGCGACUUUCUUCGAUCUUACCCGCGAAUGGGGCGAGCCUGACCCUGAGGUUGUCAAGAAGAUCAAGUUCGCAAAGUGGAAUGCUGCUCGAAUUCUAAAGGCCAUCCGCGAGGGCAAAGAUCCCAACGAGACAAACCCCAAGGCGCCUGAGCCUGAGCCCAGUGCUGGUCUUGAUCCCUCUGACCCCGAGGUUCAAGCUCUCACAGGAGGUCAGCGCGCCACAGUUGAGGAUGCGCCAGAGGGAGGGUUUUCCCAAGUUGGCACACCUACAGAGGCUCCGACAAAAGAUCCAGCUGAUCCUAGUUAUUUCCCACCGCAAGUGCCUCAAAAUGAGCCCGAGGGACAGGCGCCAGAGCCUUUUGUUCCAUCACCCAUGAGCACCAGCUCUACACCAGGUGGUGAUCUUGCUCGCCCACCAGUCGGUCCUCCACCUGAGGUAUCUCCUGCUGUUGAGACUCCCACACAACCCCAAGGUCAAGUUCCAACUUCCGCUCCCUCACAAGCCAUGGAUACUUCCGAAGACCAUGGCGCUCCCCCAAGACCUAUGAUGCCUCACCUCAACUCUUCGCACCCUGGAAAGCCUGCACCUGACGCUGUGACCCCACUCGAUGCUGCCGCGAACGCGAGACCUUUCCUGCCUCACCUGGCUACAUCGCGAUCCAGAGCAUCAAGCGUUGCCCGCUCCAGAGCUUCCAGCAUCGAAUCCCCCACACCCCUCUCUGCUGCUGCGGCUGCAAGGCCAUUCUUACCUCACCUUGCUACGUCCCGGUCCAGGGCGUCGAGCAUUGAGAACAACUCACCUCUCAAUGCUGCUGCGGCCGCAAGACCCUGGCUGCCUCAUCUUGCGUCUUCGCCUGCUGGACCCUCGUCGGGUCCUUCAACAGCAAUUCCAACAUCUAUUCCUGAAGCUGCAAACGAGCCCCCACCUGACAGACCCAUGAUGCCUCAUCUUAAUUCUUCUCAUCCCGGAAAGGCACCAAUCGAUCCCACAAAGCCACUCAAUGCUGCAGUGGCCGCGCGACCAUGGCUGCCACAUCUGGCUACCGAGCCUGCUGCGAAACCAUCAAUCUCUGAGGCCUCGGCACCCGCUCCAGAAGUUGCGCCCAUCAGACCGAUGAUGCCCCAUCUUGCUUCUUCACACCCUGGAAAGUCACCAGCUCAUUCGCCUCCACCUGCGGUUCCUACCUCUGCACCUCCCCCUGUGCAGAGGAACUACUCGUCAGACCAGAAGGAUAUCAACCAGGCGCAGAAGCACGCCAAGUGGGCAAUAUCGGCAUUGAACUUUGAGGAUGUACCUACAGCAGUUCAAGAGCUGCGCAACGCCCUCGCAUCGCUGGGGGCUCAAUGA